CGGAGCCGGAGCCGGGAGCAGCAGCAGCGACCGCGGGGAGCGAAGCCGCCGCCGCGUCCGUGAGGCCUCCGUGGGGCCCGGCCCGAGGCCCGGGGCGGCCGCACCAUGUUCAAGAAGCUGAAGCAGAAGAUCAGCGAGGAGCAGCAGCAGCAGCAGGCGGCGGCCCAGGUCCCUUCCAGUUCUCCUGCCCCAGCAGGGACCAGGAGCCGGACGUCUUCUCUUACAGAGCAGCCUGAGGAUGGGACGCCCAACAGAGAGCUUCUAGCUGGGAUUUUAGCAGAGCCUGCUUUUCUCUCUGAGUACACUAUCUUUGCUUUGGAUUCCUCCAAACCACCCAAACCACAGAUUGCCUGUGUGACUGCAUCUAGCCACACGCCUCCAAAAACAGCUGACUGCAUUAAUGGAAAUGAACCAGCUCCUCAGCCGAGUGAGGCGCAAUCUUUUGCGCAGAAGCUCCAGCUCCGUGUUCCCUCAAUGGAAUCUCUAUUUCGAAGUCCAAUCAAGGAGUCCUUGUUCCGUUCUUCUUCAAAAGAGUCUCUGGUACGAAGCUCCUCGAGAGAGUCCCUGAAUCGCCUUGAUCUGGACUCGUCCGCCAUGCUGGAUCCGCCGUCUGACAUUGAAAGUGAGGCUGAGGAGGCCACAGCCGGGAUGGACGGUCUCAGUAAAGAGCAGCUCUGUCAGCGGCUGCGGAGGAUGGAACGAAGCUUAAACAGCUACAGAGGCAAAUAUUCGGAGCUUGUUACAUCCUAUCAAGCUGUCCAAAGAGAAAAGAAGAAGUUACAGGGUCUUUUGAGCCAGAGUCAAGAUAAAGCCCUCAGGAGAAUUGGAGAAUUACGGGAGGAGCUUCAGAUGGACCAGCAGGCGAAGAAACAUCUUCAGGAAGAGUUUGAUGCGUCCUUAGAGGAGAAGGACCAGUACAUCAGUGUGCUGCAGACUCAGGUUUCACUCCUGAAGCAUCGCUUGCAAAGUGGCCAGAUGACAGUGGAAUUACCUAAAUCCGAAAGCCUCCCCAAAGAAAUUAAGGAAGAGAAUGUACAGAACGAUCUGGAUCAUGGAGUGUCAGCAGAGGGAGAUGGAGACACUGCCAAAACAUUGGAAACUCUUCAGCAGAGAGUUAAAAGACAAGAGAAUCUCCUUCAGCGGUGCAAAGAGACCAUUAAGUCGCACAAAGAGACCAUUAAGUCGCACAAAGAGCGUGCUACCGUCCUGACCAAUGAGAAAGAAGCUCUUCAGGAGCAGUUAGAUGAAAGACUUCAGGAACUGGAGAAGAUGAAGGAACUUCAUAUGGCUGAGAAAACAAAAUUGAUUACUCAGUUGCGGGAUGCAAAGAACCUGAUUGAACAACUUGAACAAGAUAAGGGAAUGGUAAUAGCAGAGACCAAACGUCAGAUGCACGAAACACUGGAAAUGAAGGAAGAGGAGAUCGCUCAACUUCGAAGUCGAAUCAAGCAGAUGACUACCCAGGGAGAGGAGCUGCGAGAACAGAAAGAGAAAUGUGAAAAAGCUGCUUUUGAGGAACUUGAAAAAGCUUUGAGCACAGCACAAAAAACUGAAGAAGCCCGGAAAAAAAUGAAGGCUGAGAUGGAUGAACAGAUAAAAGCAAUUGAAAAGACAAAUGAGGAAGAACGGAUAAAUCUGCAGCAGGAGCUGAGCCGGGUAAAACAGGAAGUUGUAGACAUCAUGAAGAAAUCAUCUGAAGAGAAAAUCGCUCAUCUCCAGAAGAUGUAUGCUGGGGAGCUCGCUAACAAGGAGAAGGAGCUCAAUGAGAAAUUUCAGGCUCGGGAAGAAGAAUUCCAGAGGCAAUUGAAAGCAGCUCUGGAAAAUAAUCAAACAGAGUGUUUAAAGACCACUCAAGAAAAGGAGCAGCUGGAAUUUCUUAAUCAUGAAAAACUUGAAUUGGAUAAAAAAACUUUACUCUUAAAAGUAAGUGAGGAUAAGCUUCAGGAUCUACAGCAAGAAGCAGAGGCAUAUAGAAAUCGAAUCCUAGAGUUGGAAAGCUCCCUGGCAAAAUGCUCUCAAGAUAGCAAGAAUCGGGUGGAAGAGAUGCCCUUACAAAUGGAAUCCGAGCGAAACAAGCACAACGCAGAAAUCACAAUCAUGGUUGAAAACCAUAAAGCAGAAUUAGAAAGUGUGCAGAAAGAGCAGGAACAGCUUUGGACAGAGAAACUUCAAGUUCUAAAGGAGCAUCACCAGACUGAAAUCGAGCAGCUCAGGGAGAAAUACAAACAAGAACAAGAAGCAUUAUUGAAAGAGAAGGAGACUGUGUUCCGUGGACACAUAGAAGAGAUGAACGAGAAGACAUUAGAAAAGCUUGACGUGAAGCAGACAGAGUUAGAAGCAUUAUCUUUGGAGUUAUCCGAAGUAUUAAAAGUUCGCCAGAAUCUGGAAAAAGAGCUCUCUGUCUUAAAGAAUGAGACAGAUCAAGUAAAACGGGAGCUUGAGGCAAAGCUGGAUGAACAGAGAAUUCAGCACCAGCAGCAAGUUGACAUGCUCAUCGAAGAGCAAAAACUCUCUGUGCAGAAUAUUGAGAAAGUAAUGAAAGAUGAAGUCAAUCAACUUGGGCUUCUGCUAAAGGAAAAGGAACGACAUUUGGAAGAACAGCAAGCACAGCAGCAGAAAUUAGAGGAAUCUAUCAAAAGAGCUGAAACGGAGCUUAAACAAGCGUCAGAUAAGAUAGAUAUUUUUCAGUCACACCAAAAUAACUCAAAUGAACAGAUUAAGGCCUAUGAGAAGCAGCUGAUAGAAUUGCAGCAGAAAUGGAUUGAUGUGCAAGCAGAGAAAGAUCGCCUUGAAAAACAGGUGGCAGAAGCUGAUAUUCAAAAGAAUCAUCUCAAUGUGGAACUGGACUCUUAUAAAACUCAGGUACAAGACUUAAUGCUGCAGCUGGAGAAAGACCAUCUUGAAAUGGAUCAAAAACUCCUUUCUCUAACCAAUCAACAUGAGUCUCAACUCAAAGAUCUCAGUAAGGAACUAGAACAGACCAGGCAAAGUUUGACCGAAAGGGAAAAUGAAAUUUUACACAUGAAAGAAGUGCAGGGCCAGGAAAUCAACAAUUUUAAGCAAAAACUGUCAGCCAUAGAAGAAAGCAUGAAGACUUUGGAAGAAGAACAUGAGAACAAAUUGAAGAAUCAAGAAAUCAAAAUGGAAAAAAUGAAACAGAACACAAAGGAAGUGCAAGAGAUCUUCAAGAAGAAACUGUCAGAUCAGGAAGCUAAGUUGAAAAAAGAACUUGAAAACUCACAGCUAGAGUUUAGCGAGAAAGAAAAACAGUUUAAUGAAAAACUGUUGGAGAUGGCUCAGGCUAGUUCUGCUGGAAUGAAUGACACUAUUUCAGAACUGAAGAAGAACCAAAAGGAGCAGAUGGAAAGUCUUAAGGUGGCGCAUCAGCGACAACUGAGUAAGAUUGCGUUAAGUUGGGAAAAGAAGGUGGGUCAGCAAGCCAAGGAGCUCCAGGAGAAGCAUGAACGCGAGCUCCAGGAGAAGGAGCGGGAAGUGACCUUGCUGAAAGAGGAGGGUGUGAAGCAGGGAGUGCUGCUGGAUGAGCUCCAGGAGCAGCUGAAGCAGAAAUCUGCUCAUGCAGAGAUGCUGACCCAGAGCGCGGCGGACAUGAAGGCGCGGCUUGAGGCCCUGGAGGCUGACCUGGAUCAUUCUGUUAGAGAAAGGGCCUCUCUUCAUGAGCAGAUAAGAGAGCUGAAGGUACAGGAAGCAAAAGAGGAGCAGAAGCUUUUGGAGGUGACCGAGAAGUUGAAAACUACUGAAGAGCAACUUGGGGCUUUGAAAUCUUCAUGUGAAGCAUAUGAGAAGAAAGUAGCUGCUGACCACUCGCACUUUCAGAAACUCUCUGAAAAACUAGCAGCCCAGCUGCAUGCGUACUGCCAGGAAGCCGAAGCCCUCCUGCAAGCUAAAACCAGUGAGCUGAUUGAGAAAAGUCACAGUAAAAUCGAGACUGCACUUUCUAGGGUUUCUUCUUGCCAGCACCAGACAGCUAAAGUGAAGGAAGUGAUGUUAAUUCAAACUCGUAAAAUCCCUGAACUAGAAGCAAAACUCCGACAGGCGACAGAACAACAAAAUGUAUUAAGUAGUUCUUUGCAACGUUCAGUUCAUCAAUUAGAAGAAAAAGAAAAUCAGAUUAAGAGUAUGAGUGCUGACAUCGAAGGCCUCGUCACAGAGAAAGAGGCAUUGCAGAAAGAAGGAGGGCAUCAGCAGCAGGCUGCCUCCGAGAAGGAAUCUUGCAUCACGCAACUCAAGAAGGAGCUGGCAGAAAACAUCAAUGCUGUCACCCUGAUGAGAGAGGAGCUCCAAGAAAAGAAAUCUGAAAUCGGCGGCCUCCACGACCGCGUACGGGAGCUGAAUGCCCAACUUCAGAACAGCAUUAGCUUAACAGAAAAAGAGGAGGCCUUAUCGCUGAUGAAUAAGCAGCACCAAGAGGCCCAACGGGAGCUGCUCAACCAGGUCCAGGAUUUAUCCCUGACGGUCGACACCUUGAACACGGAGAAAGUAUCGGCUCUUGAGCAGGUGGAUCACUGGAUGAAUAAAUUCUCCGAGUGGAAGAAGAAAGCCCAGUCGAAGAUUACACAGAAUCAGAAUACUAUUAAAGACUUACAGGUGCAAUUGGAGCUAAAAACAAAGGAGUCUAGUGAAAAAGAUGAACAAAUCAAUUCAUUAAAAGAGAACCUUGAUAAGGAAAAAGAAAGUUUUCAGAGUUGGAAGGAUGAACUUGAAGAAAGGGAGAGUAAGAAGGAGAAACAUGAGUGUGACUUACAAGCCAAGUUAAACGUCCACUUGGCAAGAAUUGCGGAGUUAGAGGAGCAUGUUAACCAGAAAACAGCAGAAAACACGUCCUUAGUGGAAGAAGUGAGAAGACACUGUGAAAAGGAAGAACAGCUUCAGCGCGCGCAAGAGCGAGGGGAGGCGCAGCUGCUGCAGCUUCAGAUGCAGGCGGACACUCUGAAGUCGGAGCUGGAGGCUCAGCGGAAGGAGACGGAGCACGCCGUCGCAUGUAGCGACAGAAGCAGAGCGGAGCAGUUGAAGGCCCUGCAGGAGCGCCUGGAUGCAGAAAAUGCUGCCAAGUUGGCAGAGCUGAAGAAGAAGGCCGAACAAAAAAUUGCCACCAUCAAGAAGCAGUUGCUGUCCCAAAUGGAAGACAAGGAAGAGCAGCACAAGAGAGAAGCUGAAAGCCAGGUAAUGGCGCUGACCCAGCAGCUGCAGGAGAAGGAGCGUGAGGUUCAGCAUCUUCGCCAGCAGCUGGGGUCUGCAGGUGGACAGACGCGAGAGCUGGCAGGAGAGGCCACGGCCGAGGCACCUGUGGCACAGGUCACAGAGGGGGAGACUGGCCGGGAGGAAAGGGCUCCGGCUGAGACACAGGAGCUUCUGGCAGAGCGGGAGCAGCAGGAGAGGCAGAAAAUCCCCCAAGAGAAGGAUCAGACGGCGGAAGAAGAAAUAAAGGGGUUGGAUGCCUCUGGUGCAAGAGAGCAAAAAGAAACCAGCGUGGGAGUGGGGUUGCUGAUGGCUGGCCCCGGACACUUGCAGGCUUCCCCACAGCAGCUGGAGGAGAGAGAACAGCCAGUGGAAGUCGUAGGGAACAGUGGUGAAAGCGGCCCAAAGGCCCAGACAGCCCUGGCCACCCAGGGCCCGCAAGAAGACCUGCGCUCUGAGCUGGCGGAGGCCGAGCGGGACCGACAGCGGCUGCGCAAGGAGGUGAAUCGCUUGCAGAAGGAUUUACGGACUCUGAGGAAGGAGCACCAGCAGGAAUUGGAAAUAACCAAGAAAGAAUGGGAAGAAGAAAUGGAGAAAAAACUGAAGCUGGAACAGGAAGAUAAUGAGCUGAAGCAUAACUCCAAGUUAAAACAAUUAAUGAGGGAGUUUAAUACCCAGCUGGCUCAGAAGGAACAAGAACUAGAAGCAACAAUCAAAGAAACCAUCAGUAAAGCCCAAGAAGUGGAGGCCGAGCUCUUAGAAAGCCACCAAGCAGAGACAAAUCAUUUGCAUAAAAGAAUUGCGGAUAAAGAAGAAGAUUUAAAAAGAACAGCCAAGAGAUAUGAAGAAAUCCUUGAUGCACGAGAAGAAGAAAUGACUGCUAAAGUUACUGAACUCCAAGCACAGUUGGACCAGCUGCAAAAGGAAUACCAGCAGAGACUCCAUGAAGAAGAGGAGAAUCCGAGUAGUGAGAAAGUCACAAUAAUGGAUCUCCAGACCCAGCUGGCCCAGAAAACCACUCUUGUCAAUGAUUCCAAGUUGAAAGAGCAGGAGUUCAGAGAACAGAUUCAUACGCUAGAAGACCGGUUAAAGAAGUAUGAGAAGAACAUGUAUGUUACAACAGUGGGGAUGCCUUACCAAGGGGGAAAUCUCUGCCAUGCUGAUGUCUCUCUAUUCGGAGAGCCAACUGAGUUUGAGUACUUGAGAAAAGUGCUCUUUGAAUACAUGAUGGGUCGUGAAACCAAGACGAUGGCAAAAGUCAUAACUACAGUCCUGAAGUUUCCUGCGGAUCAGACUCAGAAAAUCUUAGAACGUGAAGAUGCCCGGCCACUGUUUGCUUCAGCUCGCAGUGGUAUCUUCUGAAUAAGCCGUCAGUCUGUGCUUAGUUAGCAUGUGGUCAUGGCUCCGAUUGUCAUCUUGAAGAAAUUGGGAUGAAGUGUGUUCCUUGAUUGUGCUGCUUAAAAAACUGUCCACGUCUCUGUUUUUCUUUGAGAAAAGGCGUGCUGGAUGACAAGCUGCUUCUCAGGUCCCUGGAGAGGCAGUGCGGAGGGGGUCCACGCAGACAGCCGAAGCUGUCCCCCAAGGCUAAGCCGCCAUAUUUGGCUGGGGGCAGGGAACGGCACUGGGAGGGGCUGGAGUACUGAUUGGAAUGAAUGAGAUGAUCCCGGGA